UAUCGAUAGUGUGAGAUUAUCUUAAGAUUAACAUACAUCUUUCCAAACUCUAAAUAUGUUUUCGAAAAUGAUUUUUUUGUUUGUACUCCUGGUGUUGCAUUGCACACUUGGGUUCCCACAGAAUGCAGAUUUCGAUCCAACUGGUAUCGCAGGGUCCUUUUUAAAACCUAUAAAGGACCUUAAGGAAAAAAAAGAUAUGGCCAUCGCAAAUUUAUUUCAGGAACCAUUAGGUGUUUUCUCUAAUGCGCCGCGAGCAAUUUUCAAGAGGACUAUAGAUGGAAAUUCUUCUUUGGGAUAUAUUAAGAAAGCCAAAGAUAAAUACGUACAGGAUAUCUUUGGAUUAUUUGGAGAUCAAUUUGAUAAAAUUUCUAAAGUGUUCAAUGUUUUAGGGUCUCCAUCAUCAGACAAGGAGUAAACUACAAUUGAAAAUAAUUAAACGUUUGUUUUUAUCAGUAAUAACGAUAAAAUGAAUGUUAUUCAAAUAACUCAAUGAAAAUUCAAAUGAAAACAUACGUAAUUACGUUCCGUACGUGCUCAUGACAUGGUUUUGUGCGAUAUGAAAAUAACUUGUUAAAGUAAUUUCGAUCAUCAUGUAACAAUUUUUUAUACGAAUAAAAUAUUUUACAAUUUUUA